UUAUUUUCCUGUUAUUCGAAAAAUUAAUAAUAAUAAAUAAAAUAAGACGUUCGUGUAUUUAACCCCGCAGAGAGUGAGCUAGAUCGAUACAGAGAAAGAGAGAGAAGAGGAUAAAGAAACGGCGAGUUUCAGCUGUUGUGAACAGAGGAAGAGACACGUGAUCGUGUGUCUUUAGAGAGAGACAAAUGGUUGGACCGUCGCGGCCUCAGAUCGUUCUUUUUGGAUCCUCCAUCGUCCAGAUGAGCUUCGGCCACGGAGGUUGGGGCGCCAUUCUCUCCGAGGUCUAUGCUCGUAAGGCAGACAUCAUUCUGCGGGGAUAUUAUGGAUGGAACUCAACUCGUGCUUUUGAGGUUGUUGACAAAGUGUUCCCCAAGGAUGCUGCGGUACAACCUUCUUUGGUAGUUGUAUAUUUUGGAGGGAACGACUCAAUGGGACCUCAUCCUUCUGGUCUAGGACCUCACGUGCCACUACCUGAAUACGUUGAUAACAUGAAGAAGAUCGCUUUUCAUCUUCAGAGCCUUUCAGACUCAACUCGUAUCAUAUUUCUAAGUUGCCCUCCAGUGGACGAAGCCAAAGUUCGUCAAAACCAGAGCCCAUACUUGAGUGAGGUAAUCCGCACAAAUGAGCUAUGCAAGACGUAUUCAGACGCUUGUGUGGAGCUAUGCAAAGAGCUAGGCUUACAAGUAGUUGAUCUCUUCUCCACUCUUCAAAAAGUGGAUGACUGGGAAACCGUUUGCUUCACAGAUGGGAUUCAUUUGUCAGCACAAGGAAGCAAACUGGUAGCUGCAGAGAUACUGAAAGUGGUUAAAGAAGCGGAGUGGAGACCUUCGCUUCACUGGAAAUCGAUGCCAACAGAAUUCUCAGAGGACUCUCCUUAUGAUCUUGUUUCAGCAGAUGGCAAAACGACGUUGAACUCUUCGGAAUGGACGUACUUCUGGGAAGAACAAUGGGAGUAAAUAGGCCUGGGCAAAAUAACCGGAACCGAAGAACUGAACCGAAACCGAACCGAAAUACCCGAAACCGGAACCGGACUAAUACCCUCAAAAACCCGAACGGUUCCUAUAUUUUUAUACCCGAAAUAACCGAACCGAACCUGAACCGAACCGAGAACCGAACGGGUACCCGAAUAUAUAAAAAUAUUAAUUAUAUAUACAUAUAACAUCACUAAAUA